AAAGUUGCUAAACCUAAAACAAAAACUCUGAAACCUAAACUAAAACCCAAACCCCCAAACCCUGUUUCUUUGAAACACAAAACCUUGAGUUCCAUUGCACACACAGAUACACAUACACACGGUUUGAAUUUGAAGCUUAGCAAUGGAGGUGGUGGAAGGAGAAGAGCAAAGAGAGACAAGCAAUAAGGUGAUGUGUCUUUUGACGGACCCAGAAGGAACUCCUCUAGGAGUUCCCAUGUACCUUCCCCAAAUCGCUGGGCCUCAACAGCUUCAGCAAAUGGUCAAUCAGCUUCUGAACAAUGAGGAGAAGUUGCCCUAUUCUUUCUAUAUAUCAGAUAAGGAGCUUGUUGUGCCUCUUGGCACUUACUUAGAGAAAAACAAAGUUUCUGUGGAGAAGGCACUCUCAAUAGUUUAUCAACCACAAGCUGUUUUCCGAAUUCGUCCGGUUAAUCGUUGUUCAGCAACAAUUUCUGGUCACACUGAAGCUGUACUUUCAGUUGCCUUUAGUCCUGAUGGGCGACGUUUGGCAAGUGGUUCUGGUGAUACCACAGUCAGAAUUUGGGAUCUUAAUACCCAGACACCGCUAUUCACAUGUACAGGACACAAGAACUGGGUUCUUUGUAUUGCAUGGUCUCCAGAUGGUAGGCAUCUUGUUAGUGGCAGCAAGGCUGGAGAACUUCUAUGCUGGGACCCUGAGACAGGGAGGCCAUCGGGCAAUCCACUUACCGGUCACAAGAAAUGGAUUACUGGUAUCUCUUGGGAACCAGCCCACCUGAAUGCUCCAUGUCGUCGAUUUGUAAGUGCUAGUAAAGAUGGUGAUGCACGCAUAUGGGACAUCGUUACUAAGAAAUGUGUUAUUUGUCUUAGUGGCCACACACUUGCAAUAACUUGUGUAAAAUGGGGUGGAGAUGGAGUUAUCUAUACAGGAUCCCAGGACUGUACUAUCAAAGUUUGGGAAACUUCACAAGGGAAGCUGAUUCGUGAAUUAAAGGGUCAUGGGCAUUGGGUCAACUCGCUUGCAUUGAGCACUGAAUAUGUUCUUCGCACUGGAGCUUUUGAUCAUACAGGCAAGCAAUAUUCAUCUCCUGAGGAAAUGAAGAAGGUUGCUUUGGAAAGGUAUAACAAAAUGAAAGGCAAUGCCCCUGAAAGAUUGGUCUCUGGAUCUGAUGAUUUUACUAUGUUCCUUUGGGAACCUUUUGUCAGCAAACACCCAAAAACUCGAAUGACAGGUCAUCAACAGCUAGUAAAUCAUGUUUAUUUUUCACCUGAUGGGCAAUGGGUGGCAAGUGCCUCAUUUGAUAAGUCUGUCAAGUUAUGGAAUGGUGCUACUGGGAAAUUUGUUGCUGCUUUUCGGGGCCAUGUUGGGCCUGUUUAUCAGAUCAGCUGGUCCGCAGACAGUAGGCUUCUUUUGAGUGGCAGCAAGGACUCCACACUGAAGGUUUGGGAUAUCCGGACACAGAAGUUGAAACAAGACCUUCCAGGCCAUGAGGAUGAGGUCUAUGCUGUUGAUUGGAGUCCAGAUGGUGAGAAGGUGGCGUCAGGUGGCAAAGAUAGAGUAUUGAAGUUGUGGAUGGGUUAGAUAAAUUAGGGGUGAAUACAUGAUUGAAACGUCAAAAAACAUGGUCAUUCUGCAGCUUCUACCAUCUGGAACUAUUGACUCUAAUGUCAAAGAUGCAAGUAUAUGUUGAGUGAUAUGCACUGGGAUCAAGAAAUGAAGAAUCAGGAUUAAAGUUUAGGAACAAGAUGUUCAACUUCUAGGUUGAGAUAUUCCCUUCCCCCCUUCUCUUUUAUGUUUUUGAGUUGUAGGUACACUGGAAAAAUUUUGUGCUGUAAAGCAUCACUUUCCUCUUCUGAAUAUAGCAAUUACUCUUCUAGUUGGAAAGCAUUGCACCUUGUUGCGCCAAUGUGUUACAGAUAUUAUUAAUUCUAUAAAAUUCAUUGCUAUUA